AUUGUGAUGGUCCUUUUCAAGCAACUCAGUUGUGGAAUAGUAUUAUUCAUGCUCUUCACAGUCAGGUGGAAAUCAAAAGACGUAGGCAACAUCUGAAAAUAUAUAAAAACUGUUUCACCGGCUCAAAUGCUGUUGAUGUGGUGCUAAGCCAUCUUAUGCAAAGCAUGUACCUGAGCUGCAAUGAUAUUUCUCGGCUAAAGGGAGUCCGUGUAUGCCAAGCAUUGAUGGAUCACAAGGUGUUUGAGCCAGUUGGAGCAAAGCUUUACUUAUUCAAGAAUGAGAAAGAAACAGAGUUUGAAGACACAAACACAAGUCUCUAUAGAUUUGUAAAUAGCAGUCUCACUCCUCUUCUUCCAAGAAAGAAUGAAGACAAUGAGAGUUUGUCUCCUGAGCAAAUCUGCAAACAGAAGAGAAAAAGUUGUUCCAAAAUGAAAUGUGAAACAACAGUUUCAAACCCUGUAGCAUUAGAAGGAUCCAAUAAAAAGAGGAUAGAGGAGCUUCUUCGAUCAAUAAAUAUUCACACAUCUUUACAUCCAAAGAUCAUGGUUAAUGAACCAACUCAUCUGCUUUCAAAAAGAGUAAUAGAAGAUGUCUGGAAACAGCAAACUCUGCUACGACUACUGCAGUUAAUUGAUGUUCCACUUCUAGAAGACAUCUUGAUGACUUCAGCAAAGACGAAACCAGACUGUUUUGGCAAAGAAGAAGACCUGAUUAUCUCAAAUACUUUCCUGGACAGAGAGGUUACAUAUAGUUUAAACUUGCCUGAGCUUGACAAAUGGCUCUGUGCUGCAAUUGAAUGCUUGGAGUAUUUCCCAGACCAGUUCAUAGUGAUGGUUAGUGAGCAGUUACCUCAAAGCACUAACGAACUGAGCAGUCUGAAUACAUACAAGAAGAUUCUUUUUGACAUUAUAAUAAAGUAUUAUAGUCAAAAGAAGGACUCUCUUCUUGCCACUCAGGAUCUCAAUAUUCACGCUGGAAUUAUAGAACUUAUAGAAAAAGAAAAAACAGAUCAAGCUCUGGAGGCAUCACAACUGUAUUUAAAAUUAUUAGCACCAAAUAUCCGAGAAGAGCUGCACAGACUCCUGACGUUCACAGCCAUUGCAUCUGAAUCCGAGGGCUACCGAUUACAAAAACAAUUUGAUAACAGAGCAGUGAUCAUCAAGACUUGCACAAAGUUCAUCUUACAAAAUAAGACAUUGUCAAAACCACAGGCUGAACUGCUGACUCAGUUUCUGAUGGACAAUCACUCCGAACUCUUCAAGACUCCUUUAACUCUUCUGGAACUAACUAGCAGGAGACUUGAGAGUUUGCUAGAAGGACAAGAUCCAGAUAUCAAUUCAG